CUAGAUAUGGAAGGUGCACUCACUGCCAGGGACCGGGUUGGAAUCCAGGAUUUUGUGCUUCUGGACGAAACCACAGAAGAGGCCGUGCUAAGCAACCUGAAGAAGCGCUUCAGUAAUGAUCUCAUAUAUACAUACAUUGGCACUUUGUUGGUGUCUGUCAAUCCCUAUAAAGAGCUGGACAUUUACAAUAAGACUCAAAUGGAGCUCUACAUGGGUGUCAACUUUUUUGAGCUUCCACCACACAUCUACGCCCUGGCAGACAAUGCCUACCACACCAUGUUGACAGAAUACAACAAUCACUUCAUCCUUAUCUCUGGUGAGAGUGGAGCUGGAAAAACGGAGGCCUCUAAGAAGAUUCUGCAGUAUUAUGCCGUCAGCUGUCCGAGCACUGCUCUGCUCAACACUGUACGGGACAAAAUGCUCAUGUCCAAUCCAGUUCUUGAGGCUUUUGGAAAUGCCAAAACUCUAAAAAAUGACAAUUCAAGUCGGUUCGGGAAAUAUAUGGAUAUUCAGUUUGACAGUGAGGGAGAGGCUGUCGGAGGCCAUAUUCUGAACUAUCUACUUGAAAAGUCAAGGGUGGUGCAUCAGAACCAUGGGGAAAGAAACUUCCACAUUUUCUAUCAGUUAGUGCAAGGAGGUGCAGAGGACCUGCUUCACAAACUGGGUCUGGAGAGAGACUGCCAUCAAUACAACUAUCUGACCCAGGGAGAAUGUGCCAUUGUAUCCUCCAUCAAUGACAACAAUGAAUGGAAAACAGUCAAAAAUGCCCUUCAAAUCAUCAACAUUGAUGACACCAACAUUAAUUACUUGUUUGAGAUUGUUGCCAGCGUUCUCCACCUGGGGAACAUUCGUUUUGAUGCGGACAUUAAAGGCAACGCGCUAAUGAACAACAAUGCAUCACUGCGCUGGGUCUCAAAUCUGUUGGAUGUUGAUGCUCAUAUUCUCCAAGAAGGACUAACAUACAGGAAGAUUGAAGCCAAAGCUGAUAAGAUUCUCAGCCCAUUCACAUUGGAUCAUGCCAUUUAUGUGAGAGAUGCUCUGGCUAAAGCCAUUUAUGGACAGACCUUUACCUGGCUGGUCAGCAGGAUCAAUGAGUCCAUGGAGAACAAGGACUCUUCUAGAAAGACUGUGAUUGGACUUCUGGACAUCUACGGCUUCGAAGUGUUCUAUGUGAACAGUUUUGAGCAGUUCUGCAUCAACUACUGUAAUGAGAAGUUGCAACAGCUGUUUAUCCAACUGACACUGAAGUCUGAGCAGGAAGAAUAUGAGGCAGAGGGUAUUGAGUGGGAACCUGUGCAGUUCUUUAACAAUAAGAUCAUCUGUGACCUGGUCGAGGAGAAACACAGAGGAAUCAUUUCCAUACUUGACGAAGAGUGUCUGAGACCAGGAGAUGCCACCGAUCUGACCUUCCUCGAGAGACUGGAGGACAAGAUGGGAAAUCAUCCACACUUUGUCACACACAAACUGGCCGACAAAACGACACGUAAGACUCUGGAGAGGGGAGAUUUCCGUCUCCUUCAUUAUGCCGGAGAGGUCACCUACUGUGUUGUGGGUUUUCUGGAUAAAAACAAUGACCUGUUGUACAGAAACAUAAAAGAUCUGAUGUGUCAAUCUAAAAAUGCCAUAGUCCGCGAGUGUUUCUCCACCUUAGACCCAGACAACAGACGGAGACCAGAAACAGUGGCGACCCAGUUUAAGAGCAGCCUGCUGAAGCUGACAGAGAUCCUCAUGGCUAAAGAGGCCUGGUACAUACGCUGUCUCAAGUCUAAUGAAUCCAAGCAGACAGGUUUAUUUGACGAAGCUCUGAUCAGGCACCAGGUGAAGUACCUGGGUCUCAUGGAGCACCUCAGAGUCAGGAGGGCAGGAUUUGCUUACCGACGCAAAUAUGAUGUCUUCCUAAAAAGAUAUAAACCCCUGUGCCCAGCAACCUGGCCUCACUGGAGAGGCCUGCCCGCUGAUGGAGUAGAAGUGUUGGUUCAACAUCUGGGCUACCUGCCAAACGAAUACAAAAUGGGACGUACCAAAAUAUUCAUCCGUUAUCCAAGGACACUGUACGCCACAGAGGACGCCUAUGAGAGGUGUAAGCAUGAACUUGCAACAAGACUCCAGGCCAAAUACAAAGGAUACAAGGCAAAGGGAGAAUUCAAAAAACAGAAAGAAGCUGCCACAAAGAUUGAAACCUGCUGGAGAGGAGUCCAGGCCAGGAAGGAGAGAGAGAAGAGAGCCUGGGCCGUCAAAGUCAUUAAACAAUUUAUAAAAGGUUACUUGACCCGAGGGGAGGCCAAAAGCACAGACAACUCUGAGUAUCUGGCCUUCGUGAGACAACACUUCCUAAACCGACUUAAAGAAAAUCUGCCAAAAAGUGUUUUGGAUAAAACCACCUGGUAUGCACCACCACCUGUUGCCAAGGAGGCAUCAGAGAUCCUGCGAAAACUUUGCUACCGUGUUAUGGUACGGAAAUAUGUGAGAGGGAUUACACCUCAGAGAAAAGCACAGUUGCAACUAAAAUUUGUAACUAGCUCCAUCUUCAAGGGAAAAAAGGAGAGUUACCCACAGAGCGUCGCGCAGCCUUUCAUAGACACCAGGAUCAGUGAACAGGAUAUAAACAUGCGGGUUCUGCAGAUAAUUCGCAACGAGCGCAUCAAGUACAGUGUGUCAGUCAUCAAGUACAACAGGAGUGGUUUCAAACCAAAGCCAAGGCAGCUGGUCCUCACUGAGACAGCUGCCUAUGUGAUCGAUGAGGCCAGGAUCACACAGAGAGUACUCUACACCUUUCUCAAAGGGAUUUCAGUCAGUAAUUUGACUGAUGACAUGAUUGUAUUCCACAUAACAUGUGAGGAUCCUAAACAGAAGGGGGACCUCUUGCUCCAGUGUGACCACUUGUAUGAGUUUCUCACCAAACUGAGUGUCGUUGCAAACAAGCAAAAUGCAAUCAAAGUGGUUCAGGGCACAAUCAAGAUGGAACCCCAUCCAGGCAAAGAGAGUGCUAUCGACUUCACCACAGGGCAGGAACCUAUGGUGUACAAGGCCAAGAAUGGACACCUCAUGGUGGCAAGUUGACUCUUGUUAUUAUGAAGAAUUCAUGUUCUGCAUGCUCCUAAAGGUACAGGAGACUCUGAUCUGACAUGAACCUGCUCAAAAGGGGCUUUCCUUUUUGAAAUUGCAGGUAGCCACGCGUGCCCGUACACGGUGAUGUAGGGUCAGAGGAGACACCCAAGAAACCUCUGCAUAUUUCAUGAGGAGAUCCCUGUAGAUCAGGACACCCGAACAGCACCUUAACAAACCAGAAUGGACUUUUACUCUGGACACUGACGUUUUUCAUGCAGUAGUCUCAAUGAACAUGGACUUUUACAAGAAAAAUAUUAAACUACUGUUU